AUGAUUACUUUUUUUUUACUCUUGCUUUCUUGUUUCACCAAUUUUCUUUCUUUCUUUCUUUCUUUCUUUCUUUCUUUCUUUCUUUCUUUCUUUCUUUCACGUUGUCAUCUUUUUUCCCAUAAUUUCUUCUUUCACUGUCUCCGUUUUUUACGCUCUUUCUUUCUUUCUUUCUUUCUUUCUUUCUUUCUUUCUUUCUUUUUGCCAUCUUUUUUCCUACAAUUCCUUCUUUUACUCUCUCCGGUUUUACGCUCUUUCUUUCUUUCUUUCUUUCUUUCUUUCUUUCUUUCUUUCUUCUUCAUUUCUCUCUUUUUUUUUUCUUUUUAUCGUUCCACAAUUCCUUCUUUCACUCUCUCUGUUUUUAGGAUCUUUCUUUUUUUCUUUUUUUUCUUUCUUUCUUUCUUUCUCUUUCGUUUCUCUUUCUAUCUUUCUUUCUUUCAUCUUUUUUCCCACAAUUCCUUCUUUCACUCUCUCUGUUUUUUACUUUCUUUCUUUUUCUUUCUUUCUUUUUCUUCUGUUGCUUUCUUUGUCUCUUCAACGUUCUACAAAUUCUUUUUUCGCUCUCUUUGUUUUUUUUCUUUCUUUCUUUUACGAUUUCUUUCUUUUUCUUUCUUUCUUUUACAGUUUUUUCCUUUUUUCUUUCUUUCUUUUACAGUUUCUUCCUUUUUUCUUUCUUUCUUUUCCUCUUUCUUUCUUUUUAUCUUUCUUUCUCUUUUGUUUUCUUUUCCUUUUUAUCAUUCCACAAUUCCUUCUUUCGCUCUAUCUGUUCUUAGACUCUUUCUUUCUUUCUUUCUUUCUUUCUUUCUGUCUGUCUCUCUUGAGGCAUUUUAUUUCUUAUUAAUUUGCUUUCUUCUCCCCCUCUUCCUCCUCCUUCUCCCCCUCCUUCCCUUCCUCCUCCUCCUGCACUUCCUCCUUCUCCUCCUGCACUUCCUCCUCCUCCUUCUUCAUUUCUUCCUCUUCCUUCUUCUUAUUCAUUUAUUUAUGAUAUAG